UCGUAUUCGGGUUUUUUGUAUGGGCUUGGGUGGUUCUUCUUCUUGGAUGGAUCGGACUGCUGAGAAAGGCAUAAAAGUGAGGCUCAAGCGUCAACAGCAGCCAUUGCGCGUGAUGCAAUUGAAGUGCUAACACCUCGCACCGCCCGAGUUUUAGCUAGAAGUUCAUCGCCAAUUACCAGCGGAGCAUCAGCAGCGUAGGAAUAUUCUGUAUUUCUUUUUUUUUUUGGUUAAUCGCGUGUGUGAAAAAUUCCACUCCUUGCAGCUGCGAUUUUAUCAUGUGAACACCAUCCCAAGUGAAUAACUACAAAAAUAAUACAAAACACAAACUGUGAAAGUGCAAAAACACACUAAAAAACAUUCGUUAGAGGAUUAAGGCUACGAGUCAGAGAAUUCGUGCAAUAUAUACUGAGAAUAUACAUAUAUAUUACAGAGAAAACGUUAAACACAAUAAUAAUUGAAAAAGAAAUCAGAUCGCAAUGCAGUCAACCCAAAGUAAGAGUGAUCGAUCUUCGAUGCACAGGGGCCCUCUACUUCUCUGCGCCGUGAUGGUCGUCCUGGUGACUUUGCCUGAACAGAUAAAUGCUCGUAUGGCAUUUGAAAAGCUAACGGACUUUGAUUUUCCGGGCAACACGUAUUACAGCGUGAAAAACCUUUCACUGUAUGAGUGUCAAGGAUGGUGUCGCGAGGAGGCAGAUUGCCAAGCGGCGGCCUUUAGUUUUGUGGUUAACCCUCUGUCGCCUUCGCAAGAGACCCACUGUCAAUUGCAGAACGACUCCUCCGCAGCCAAUCCUUCGGCAGCUCCGCAAAGAAGCGCAAACAUGUACUACAUGAUAAAAUUGCAGCUGCGCAGCGAGAAUGUGUGCCACCGACCGUGGAGUUUCGAGAGGGUUCCAAACAAGGUGAUCCGCGGCCUGGACAAUGCACUAAUAUACACCAGUACAAAAGAGGCCUGCUUAUCAGCUUGCCUCAACGAAAGACGAUUCGUAUGCCGAUCUGUGGAGUAUGAUUAUAACAACAUGAAGUGUGUGCUCAGUGAUUCGGAUAGACGCAGCUCUGGACAGUUUGUUCAACUAGUGGAUGCUCAGGGUACGGAUUACUUUGAGAAUUUGUGUUUAAAGCCGGCUCAGGCCUGUAAGAAUAACCGUUCGUUUGGCAAUUCCCAAAAAAUGGGGGUCUCCGAAGAGAAGGUUGCCCAAUACGUUGGUCUGCACUACUAUACUGACAAGGAACUCCAAGUGACCUCAGAAUCCGCCUGCCGUUUGGCAUGUGAAAUUGAAUCUGAGUUCCUGUGCCGCUCCUUCCUGUACCUGGGUCAACCCCAAGGAUCCCAGUACAACUGUAGGCUAUAUCAUUUGGAUCAUAAGACCCUGCCCGAUGGUCCAUCCACCUAUUUGAACCAUGAGCGCCCACUGAUCGAUCAUGGAGAGCCCAUUGGUCAGUACUUUGAAAACCAGUGCGAGAAGGCCGCCGGUUUGGGAGCUGGAUCACCACCGGGAACUCUGGAUAAAAUCGAUACUCUACCCGUUAGCCUAGACACCAUUGAAGAUCCCAACCUGACCAACUUAACCCGCAAUGACGUUAACUGUGACAAGACGGGAACUUGCUAUGAUGUUUCUGUUCACUGCAAGGACACUAGAAUUGCCGUACAGGUCCGCACCAACAAGCCGUUCAAUGGACGCAUUUAUGCUUUGGGACGCUCUGAGACCUGCAACAUCGAUGUUAUUAACUCUGACGCUUUUCGGUUGGAUUUGACCAUGGCUGGACAGGAUUGUAACACGCAGAGUGUGACCGGUGUCUACUCCAACACAGUGGUUUUGCAGCAUCACAGCGUGGUAAUGACCAAGGCCGACAAGAUCUAUAAGGUUAAGUGCACUUACGAUAUGAGCUCAAAGAAUAUCACCUUCGGUAUGAUGCCGAUCCGUGACCCGGAGAUGAUCCAUAUAAAUUCGUCACCGGAAGCUCCACCACCAAGGAUCCGCAUCCUGGACACACGACAGCGUGAGGUGGAGACUGUGCGUAUUGGAGAUCGUCUUAAUUUCCGCAUCGAGAUUCCUGAAGACACUCCCUAUGGCAUUUUUGCUCGAUCUUGUGUGGCAAUGGCUAAGGAUGCCCGCACCAGCUUUAAGAUCAUCGACGAUGACGGCUGCCCCACUGAUCCCACCAUCUUCCCCGGCUUCACCGCCGACGGCAAUGCUUUGCAAUCUACAUACGAGGCGUUCCGAUUCACGGAGAGCUACGGCGUGAUCUUCCAAUGCAAUGUCAAGUACUGCUUGGGUCCAUGUGAGCCGGCUGUGUGCGAAUGGAACAUGGAUUCAUUCGAAUCUUUGGGGAGACGGCGUCGUCGCUCUAUCGAGAGCAACGAUACCAAGAGCGAGGACGAUAUGAACAUCUCGCAGGAGAUCCUCGUUUUAGACUUCGGCGAUGAAAAGCGCGAAUUUUUUAAGGCAGAUCCCAGCACAGACUUCGCCAAAGACAAAACUGUUACCAUCAUUGAGCCAUGCCCCACGAAGACAUCGGUCCUAGCUCUCGCGGUCACCUGCGCGUUGAUGAUCCUACUCUACAUUUCAACUUUAUUCUGCUACUACAUGAAAAAGUGGAUGCAGCCCCACAAGAUCGUAGCAUAAGUUGAAGGAUCAAGAAAAAGUAGGAAAAAAAAGAAAGAAAACAAAAAGAAAGUACACAACACGAUUGUCACCACAUACGCUCCCUCCGUUCUCUCCGACACACACACACACACACACACAUAUUUCAAUGUCUUUGGCGCACACGCAAAUUACUGACAAACGUAUAAUUUUUGUUUUUUUUUUUUCGAUAUUCAUAUAAAUUAUUAAAUUAAAAUACAAUUUAUUUUUUAAUAUUUAUUUAGACUUAAAGCAUAAAAUAUAAAAUUCUUAGAGAGCAAAGAAAAGAAAAAAAGUCGUAGUAGAGACACAAUCGCUGAGGAGCACACUUUCGUUGCGAAUUAGUAAAAGGAAAAAUGAAAACAAGAAGGAAUAAGCUGCGAGCCCGUACUUUCUAUAAAGUUGCGAAAGGGUAAAACAAAAACGGUCCUUGGCAAGUGAGACAGAUAGAAAAAUGGAUCAUGAUCCCUUUUGUAACUUCUAUAGAGACUGCAGCCGCACACACUCGCACUUAAACACACUCACUUAUACACUCACCCAAAUCCACAAUUAUUUACGUACUCACACGAGACCACAUUUAUUUAAUUUUAAACUGAAAGCAGUGAACAUUAAACAAAAGCAAAAAAGCGCAACUAAUUUUAACUGAUGAGAACCAGAGAUAAGAAAAAUUUCAUCGAUGACAUUAGAAAUUGUGCUUAAUUGUAUUGCAUUUAUUUAAUUUAAAUUAUUUAUGAUAAUAAAGAAAAAAAAACCAUAUUUAAACAAAUUUCGUGAUGCUAUUUCAAAUUUUGAGUACAACACUUCAUUUUUAUAAAGCGCUGCUACGAAAAUAUCUGUUCUGCUGGUGUUAAACUUGAAAUUUUUUUUUACGAUAUUUACGAUCGCACAACAUCAGUAAAAUUGAUAGAUAUUUAAGCUUUACAGACUUCAGACACCAGUUAAUCAGAAAUAAAUACCUUCUGAAAACUCGAAGUUCUUUUGUGCAGCGUUUUGAAACUCGGAACUGAAAAUAAUUGUGUACUUUUGGGCGCUGCCAUGCUUUCAGCUCUCACAGUUUACUGUUCCCCAUAAAACUGAGAAUUGUUUAAGAUAGAUCGAUAAGAUAGAUAGAUAAGAUGGAUAGAUUUCGGUUCAAAUUACCAGCCGCACAGGAGUUCCAGAAAGAGACCUACGAUCAGUUGGUAGUUGGCUUAGCAUUUUGUAAGGAAAUUUUGAUGGCAAUAAAAAUAGUUGUCCAACAAUGGAAUGUCAUACACUCAAUUUUUGUAUCCAUUUUCCAGACCUAAAGCGUCGCCGCAAAAAUCUGUAAAAUUGCUGCCAACUUUAUUUCGCUUCCUUUUAGCCAACCCCCACCGCAACUCCUCCGCCACAGAAGGUUGGGACCCAGAAGGGAGCUACUUAAGAUUAUUGCUUUGUUGUUUGUCUUGCAAAUUAGGCAAAUUAAGUGAGGAUUAAUUAAUUUUAUCCUGACUUAAAUUUGAUUUCACAAAACGGUUUUUCACCUGAAGAUUAAAGCGAUGACAGAGCGUGUCUGUGGUAACACUAAAUACACGUGAGCCAUCUUUGCUUUUCUAGGAGAGCAAGUGAGAGGAGAAGGAGGAAGAAAAGAGAGUGGGAAGAAGAGAAGAGAAUGAAAACUUCAGUUCGCCGAUUUUUUUUAUUGGGAACAGACGCGCUUUGCUGGGCCGGAAAAGUUAUCCUCGUUAUGUGCGUCAACCACAAAGUUGUGGAAUAAUAAGAAAAUAUGGUAGGGUAGGUGCAUAUUAAAAGUGUUUUAGUUUAGUCUAAAGCCGCCUAAUUGUGAAAUAAAGCGUGCAUUAAAACGGGAUAAAAUCCCGUUAGUUUUCCAUGUGCUCGAAGAGGAAGAAGAUGCAUUGCGUUGCCUUUUGUGUUUUUGUUCUUUUU